UCGCGCGCCCUGCCAAUGGCGUCCCCAGCACGUGGCGCGAUCCGACAGUUUGCAACGUCGACGGCUUCAAGCGACGGAGACGAUUUGUCUAAAUCUCUCGGCAGUCGCCUCUGUCCACCCAGCAGCGGAGCAAGUGACGCCAUGCAUCUGUACCUGCCACCACUGCUGCUGCUGCUCACCUGUGCUCGUCUCUCGCAAGCGAGACACGAGGCCACCAAGGUCACGUGCUCCGAGCAGCAGGAGGUCACCCUGCAGUGUCCCCUCCCGCCUGGGUCGGAGCCCGCGGCGACUCACGCUCAGCCCGUCCUCUGGUUCAUUGGCAGCGGACUCAACGGGUCGUGCGCGCACCCCGACUACGUGGAGAGCUUCAUGAAAGGGGGCCAUCAUCGCCAGGCCCUUUUCGACAUUAAACACCACCACUUCAUCCCGGACAACCAUCGGACGAGCUUGGGACGCAGCGACGACGGUUCGAGCCUCACGCUCUCCGUGCGAAACCUGCGGGUGUCCGACUCUGGCCACUACUGCUGCGCGAAACGCGUCCACCGCCACGGCCACCCGGAGGUGCCCCACGCGGGGACAAAGGAGACUCACAACGGCACCCAAAAGCCCCGCGAGCGCGACGCUAACGCGGGCUCAUCGCCGAGACAAGACGGCGCUCACCCCUACAACGUCCUGAGCGUCACGGAGCUGCUCGUCACCCAAGCGCAAGGUGGUGGAGUGAAAACAUCGCCUGCUUGCCACGAUGGCAAAGCUGAUACCCGCGAUGUUGUCAUCGUCAUCCUCAUCUCCCUCGUCAUCAUCAGCGUCAUCGUGAUCGUCAUCACCUGCUUUCGAGCCCAGAAGCGCAGGGGGAGGGUGAUUGAACGGGAGAUGAGCAACAUUCAGAGCCCCACGUCUGCACAAGUGAUGUCCCCAGACUCAGACAUGCCUGUGUUCGACUUCGAGUACCAGCCCGGGCUUCAGGGAGGUGUCUUCCCACGGCCAAGUCCUUUGCAGUCGAGCCUUGAUGAGGAGGUGUUCACGGACGAGCACGGCCCGGACAACGGCGCCUCCACGCUGCAACUCUACAGCGUCUAGGCAACUGCGGAGGCGACUCGAUUCAACUUUUCCCGCACUUCCCCAUCAGCACGGUUGGCUACGUACGGUACGAAAGAAGUUUGACAUACAUGCAAUUCGACGCAAACGCCGGAUAACUCGAUGCGACUUCAGGCAACUCGGCGUCGCUCCUAGUAAUCUGACGCAACUCGACACGACUCAAAGAAAUCCUGGGAAACUCGGUUCAACUCCAAGCAACUACGGGGAACUUGACGCAACUCCAGGCAACUUCACACAACUUUGGGGAACUCAACGUAACUCAGCACAACUCAAGGUGCCUCUAGGAUAUUCAAUGCAACUUGACUCAACGCUGGGCAAGUUGACGCAACUCCAGGCAGCUACAAGUGAAUGAUCGGUGAAAUUGCAGGUCACUCAUUGCAUUGUUUGAUAAAUCCAGGCAACUCAAUAAAACUUUACAUGGCGCGUUGCCAUUCUGUGUUACCUGAUCCAGCUUAACUGUAAGAGACUCAAUGCAACCACACACAACUUGAUGUAAAGCUUUACAACGAACUCAGACGCACGCGAUUUCGUGAAACGUUAGACGUCACAAUGCAGUUGCAAGUAAUUGAAGGAAUCCAAUGCAACUCAGGGCAACUCUGAGUGGCAUAGUGUAAUUCUAAGCAAAUCGACAGAAUUAGAUUUACAUGAAUCCCACGUGGAUUCAGGAAAAUCAACCCAAGAUCUGGACGACACAAUGCCACCUCGGGCAACGCGUCACUUCUCCACGCAGCUCAACGCAACUUCAGGCGACUCAACGCAACUCCGAACAACUCCGAGCAACUCACCGCAACUCCGGGCAACUCGACGCAACUUCAGGCAACUCAGUGCCACUCGGGAGACAAAGGCAGCCGGGCGUAAUGCUGGCGACCCACCCCCUCGAGUGGCAUUCUGGCCUUCAUAGGUGCUUGCUAACAGCACUUGCCCCAACAGUUUGUUAAGGCUUUACGGGGGAUCUUUGUCUUUGUUUGUGUGUGUGUGCACUUGCCCUAAAAGUCUGUUAAGGAUAUAGGGGGGGACCUUUGUCUUUGUGUGUGUCUGUGUCUUUUUGUGAGUGUAUGUGUGUAUUAAGAUCCUGAGCCACAAUCUCUUUGUGUCUCAAAACCCCGAGUAUCAAGACCCUUGAGACCUGGUCUCCCUUAGUCUGUUAAGGUAGUCUAUAGCCUGUAAUCUUCUUGACUUUUUAUUUUAAUUUACUGUAAUUGCCACACGUGUUGAUUUUUUUAACGAUUUAUACAAACCAUCAUUUGAAUGUUUUUUUCUCAAUAAAAGAAAACUAAGUGCGUUGGACAGCACACACAGCCUUGUGUCUACACUUGUGUCAACACGGUCAGCUGUUUGUGUUCAGGUUAUUUCUUCCUUUAGCCGACAGAUUUGUAAAUGGCAUUGAUAUACGCUUGUGGCAGCUUUCGGGCAACCGUCAACGGCAACUUUCGCGUGUUGAACGUUUUCCGUACGUCGCCAACCGUGCCAAUCGGAGGUGCAUGCGGGGGUAUGCAAUGAUGAGCACAAUGAUUAUAAUGGUGAUUGUGAUGCUUGAUGAUUGUGAUCACCGUGACGACGAUGACAGGAAUGAUGAUAACAACGACUGACUGCUCAAGUGACUGAUGAUGAUGAUGAUAUGACAACGAUUACCACGAACGAUAACCGGCGAUGAUGAAAAUAACAACAACGAUGAUGACGAUGUGUAUAUGCUGAACUUCUUUCGCACCGUACCCAACCGUGCCAAUCGGAGGUGCAUGCGGGCGAAGGACAAACAAGCUAAACACGACAAAGUGUGCUCUGAAGAAAUUAUAUUUCGAUUUAGAUUUGGGUAACAAAUCUGA